AACUCCUUGCAAGAACUUCAGCGAACCAUGAAUGAGGCAUACCCUUACUUUGUGAGGUGUAUAAAGCCAAAUGACAAGCAGAUGGCCUCAAAGUUCCAGAGAGACAGGGUGAAAAGCCAGCUGCAGUACAAUGGUGUUGAAGAAGUUGCUAGGAUCAGAACUUGUGGCUUCCUUUUCAGAUAUCCCAAAGAAGAUUUCAAGAAACU